AUGAGAGCUGAGACAAUCGGAGUAAAAGCAUACAAUACUUUACUUUUUCUAGCAGAGAUAUUAUUGCUUGUUUUGAAAAUUGUAUACUACAUUUGCGAAAAUGUGUACAGAUUAAUCGUCCCACCAAAGAAGAAAGACGUAGAUGGUGAAAUUGUUUUGAUAACAGGUGCAGGUCAUGGCAUUGGUAAAGAAUUAGCGAUUGGCUACGCUUUUUUAGGGGCAACAAUCAUAUGUUGGAGUAAAAAUGAAGAAAACACCAACCAAACGAUGGAUGAUAUUAAAAACAUGGGAAUAGAUUCUGUAUAUGCAUAUCGAUGUAAUGUAGCAGAUAGGGAAGAAGUCUUCCGGGUAGCGGAGAAAGUAAAAAAAGAAGUGGGUGACGUUACUAUCUUGAUCAACAACGCCGGUGUAGGAAUUGCUAAAUCGUUACUAAAUCAAAGCUUCGACGAUAUUGAACGAGUUAUAGACGUCAACCUGAAAGCGCAUUAUUGGACAUUACGAGCAUUCUUGCCAAGUAUGAUAGAAAAAAAUCACGGUCAUGUUGUGGCAAUUUCGUCAAUAGCAGGACUUUUUGGAAGUUCUUAUGGAACG